UCAUAGGUUACUUUCAUAUUCUGUUCUAUUUCACCAACAGUUCAAUGGGUCCUAACCGUUCUAUCCCCCAACAGCUUAAACCCGUUCAUUUGUUUUCUGAAUUCUUAAAAUGCCCUUCGUUUAACCCCCAAAAUUAAUUCUUCCAAUAAGAAAUGGAAGUGGAAAAAUGUCUCGACAAAGAUUACUUCGGUUUCAUAUCUCAAUCCCACGAGUAUUACUCAAAACUCUCAGCCGAUGAGACACGAAAAUUGUGUGAAAAGUGGUUGGUGAAGAUCUUGGGUCAAAAGGUCAAUGGAAUUCGCGAAAAACGAAAUCGAAAUAUAUUCAUGAUGCAUCUGUUAACGCAAAUGCACGCGGGCCAGCUCACGGGGAUUUUCUCGAGUCCACCUGCCAACGGAGACCUUCCGUCCUCGAACUGGGUGUUUGACGGUGUUGAAGAGGAAGAUAUAGCGACUCCGAAGACUGAUCCAGUCAUUGCCGAUGAUAUUAAAGAAUUUUCUGAUGAAAGAUCAGCAGAUGCUAGAGUGUUCUCCGCCUUUCGCCAUUUACCAGACAAUCAAGGACUCUACGGGUUUAUAUCACUGACCCUCGAUCCGAAGGAGGAUGACAAUUACGAAAUAAAUGCCUGCACGGUAGAUGAAGCAGAAUUAGGCCACGCUAGAGCGAUGCGUAAACUCCACAAAGGAAAUAUCUUCACCUGCUCUGAGCCCUCUGAACGUCAGAUGGAGGAUUUUUACUUGAAUAAUGUAGAAAAACAAAUAUCUGGAGAUGUUUCACAAAUGUUCGAGGACCUGUCCGCUUCAUCGGAGUCUCAAUGCUGGAAAUUUCAAGAUCACUCGUUCCUCAAGGACUCAUUGAAGCAGAUCGAUAGAGAAAUUAGAGGGGAAGUCAAGGGAGAUCAUAAGCUAGUGAGAUUUCUCGUGAGUCGAUUGGGAGAGGAUUUGAAGAGAGAUCCCAAGAUGAGACAUUUAAUUGAUCUGCCACCUCAGCAGAGGCAACUGAGGAUCUUGGAGAUACUGCGACAGAAAUUGGUUCUCAGAAAACAAGAAAAGAAGCAAAAAAAAUUACUGACAAAGAUGGAAGAGAGGAUGAUGAGGAACUGGAGAUGUUCUUGUGGAGAGGAUGAUCAGUCCAACCUCAUGUGGACGAUGGCAGUGACUCGACCAUUGAAGGAAACAACUAUGAGAAGGCUGCGGGAGAAUUAUCCAUCAGAAAUAAUCCCAGUAUUUCUCGAACUUCUGUCUAAUGACCGACAAGGAAUUCUCGAGAAUGGCUUGGAACGUCAGCAGGAUCUUGUGGAGAGCAUGAGGGCUGAGGUUUACAGGGAUAUACAGACACAAAAAGCUGCUUAUAAUAAAGCACGGGAAUCAUACAGGGAAUGGAACGAAAUUCUAGCGAAUGUCGAAGAGAUGAUGUUUGAAGCUGGACCUGGAGAGGGUGAAAAUAUCGAGGACUCCACUCCUGAAGGAUCGGAGAACUUGCUGAAGGACAUGAUAGCCCAAAUGAAAGAAACAGAGCGAUUAAUAAAUGAUGAGGCUGACAAAGCCGACGAGAUGACCUCAAAAAUAUACGACAUUAACUCCUGGAAGUUCUCCACCGAGGGGGACAAAUCUAAAGAUUGGUCUUGGGAAGUGAAACAAGAGGUAGAGAAACUCAAGAUCAGUGUCUCCGAGUAUGAAUCUAUCAUUCAAGGUCAGACCCAGAGGAUUGAGCAUUUGAAAUCAGGAUUAUCAUUAAAGUGAAUGCUUUUGUAAAAUUCAUCAUCACAAAAAUAAUAGAAAUGAAAGAAUUAAUAAGAGAGA